GAAAAUUUUCAGUCACUGCUUCAUCAUUAUCCAUUUUGGAAGUAUAAGAAAUCGAGAAAAUAAUUAAUUGUUAAAAGAGACUUUUUAAAAUCAAAAAAUAGUUAAAAACGAUAAAGAGUUUAUUCAUUCUAAUUGGAACCGACAAAUUUUUAAGAGCUUAGAACAAAACGAAAAGAAAAAGAGAGAGAGAGAGAGAUAAAAAAUGGAUCAAUUCACACCCAAAGAAGUUCGCAUACUUGAAAGCGCUGAAGACAUUCAAGAGCGUCGUGAACAAGUUUUAAAUCGAUAUGGUGAAUUUAAAUUAGAAACAAGAUUAAAGAGAGAAAAGUUGGAAGACUCAAGACGCUUUCAAUACUUUAAGCGUGACUCUGAUGAACUAGAAAGUUGGAUUCAUGAGAAAUUACAAGCAGCUAGCGAAGAAAGCUAUCGCGAUCCAACUAAUUUACAAGCUAAAAUUCAAAAACAUCAAGCAUUUGAAGCCGAAGUUGCUGCUCAUUCAAAUGCUAUUGUAUCACUUGAUCAUACAGGUCAAGAGAUGAUUAAUCAAAGUCAUUUUGCUUCUGAUGUUAUUCAAACUCGUUUGGAUGAAUUACAUCGUUUGUGGGAGCUUUUGCUAUCACGAUUGGCUGAGAAGGGUAUGAAGUUGCAACAAGCACUUGUUUUGGUUCAAUACCUCCGUCAUUGCGAAGAAGUUAUGUUUUGGAUUAAAGACAAGGAAACAUUUGUCACUGCCGAUGAAUUCGGUCAUGAUUUGGAACAUGUUGAAGUUUUGCAACGUAAAUUUGAUGAGUUCCAAAAAGACAUGUCAUCACAAGAAUACAGAGUCCUUGAAGUCAAUGAUUUGGCAGACAAAUUAAUCCAAGAUGGUCAUCCAGAAAGAGAAACUAUAAUCAAAAGAAAGGAUGAGCUCAAUGAGGCCUGGCAAAGAUUAAAGCAAUUGGCUAUACUUCGUCAAGAAAAAUUAUUCGGUGCACACGAAAUUCAACGUUUCAAUCGUGAUGCUGACGAAACAGUUGCAUGGAUUGCCGAAAAAGAUGUUGUUUUGUCUUCUGAUGAUUAUGGUCGUGAUUUGGCAAGUGUACAAGCUUUACAACGUAAACAUGAAGGAGUUGAACGUGACUUGGCAGCCUUGGAAGAUAAAGUUGCUACUCUUGGUACCGAAGCAGGUCGUUUGUGCAGUAUUCAUGCAGAUCAUAGUGAUCAAAUUCGCGAAAAACAAUCCGAAAUUGCAGCUUAUUGGCAAUCACUAACUGCUAAAGCAAAGGAAAGGAAGCAAAAGCUUGAUGAAUCAUAUUCUUUACAUAGAUUCUUAGCUGAUUUUAGAGAUCUUAUUUCAUGGAUUAAUGGAAUGAAAGCAAUCAUUUCUGCAGAUGAGCUUGCUAAAGAUGUCGCUGGUGCUGAGAGUUUACUUGAAAGACAUCAGGAGCAUAAAGGUGAAAUUGAUGCAAGAGAAGACAGUUUCCUCUCUACAACUACUGCAGGUCGUCAUCUUUUGGAUCGAGAACAUUAUGCAGCAGCUGAAAUUCAAGAAAAAUUGGCAGCUUUGGAAAAUGACAAAUUGUCAUUGCUUUCAUUGUGGGAAGAUAGACGAAUUUUAUACGAACAAUGUAUGGAUUUGCAAUUAUUCUACCGUGAUACAGAACAAGCUGAUACAUGGAUGGCAAAACAGGAAGCAUUUUUGGCAAAUGAAGAUAAGGGUGAUUCCUUAGACUCUGUUGAAGCACUCAUUAAGAAACACGAAGACUUUGAAAAAAGCUUGGCAGCACAAGAAGAAAAAAUAAAAGCUUUGGAUAUUUUUGCUUCUAAGCUUAUUGAUGGACAACACUAUGCAGCCGAUGAUGUUGCUCAGAGACGUGCAAUGUUAUUAGCUCGUCGAUCUGCAUUGCUUGAAAAAUCUGAAACUCGUCGCUUAUUGCUUGAAGAUUCAAAUCGUUUACAACAAUUCGAACGCGAUUGUGAUGAAACAAAAGGAUGGAUCAGCGAAAAAUUGAAAUUCGCAACUGAUGAUAGCUAUUUGGAUCCAACAAAUCUCAAUGGAAAGGUUCAAAAACAUCAAAACUUUGAGCAAGAAUUGACAGCAAAUAAAGGGCGUAUUGAAGAUAUCACAACUGUUGGACAAGAAUUGAUUGAACGAAAUCAUUAUGCAGCUUCUCAAGUCAAUUCCAGAAUGCAAGAAAUCAUUUCUUUGUGGGAAUCAUUGGUUCAAUCAUCUGACAAAAAAGGAUGCAAAUUACAAGAAGCAUCACAGCAACAACAAUUCAAUCGAACUGUUGAAGACAUUGAGUUAUGGUUAAGUGAAAUUGAGGGACAAUUACUUUCUGAAGAUUAUGGUAAAGAUUUAACAAGCGUUCAAAAUCUUCAAAAGAAGCAUGCCUUGUUAGAAUCUGAUGUGAUGGCUCAUCAAGAUCGAAUUGAAAAUAUCAAGGUUGCUGCUAAUAAAUUCAUUGAAAGUGGACACUUUGAUGCUGACAAUAUUCGCAACAAAGAAGUUGGCUUAUCUAAGCGAUAUUCUGCUUUACAAAAUCCAAUGGCAGAACGUAAAACUCGUCUUACAGAAUCAUUAGAAAUACAACAACUUUUCCGUGAUCUUGAAGAUGAAGCUACAUGGAUCAGAGAAAAAGAACCAAUUGCCGCAUCAACAAAUCGUGGAAGAGAUUUAAUUGGUGUUCAAAAUUUGAUAAAAAAACAUCAAGCAGUUUUGGCUGAAGUUAAUAAUCAUGAUCACAGAAUUUCCGGUGUAAUUGAUACUGGUGAGCAAAUGGUUAAAGAUCAUCCAGUCUCUUCAGAUGAAAUUAAAAUACGUCUUGAUAGUCUCAAGGAACAAUGGAGUAAUUUAAGAGAAAAAUCUUCACAAAGAAAGCAAGAUUUGGAUGAUUCUCUUCAAGCGCACCAAUAUUUUGCUGAUGCUAAUGAAGCAGAAAGCUGGAUGCGUGAAAAAGUUCCAAUCGUCUCAAAUCCUGAUUAUGGAAACUCUGAAGAUUCUUCAGAAGCUUUAUUGAAGAAGCAUGAAGCUUUGGUUUGCGAUGUUGAGGCAUUUGGUAAUACAAUACAAUCAUUGCAAGAACAAUCUAAAAACUGCCGUCAGCAAGAAACACCAGUUGUUGAUAUUACUGGCAAGGAAUGUGUUGUUGCAUUGUACGAUUACACUGAAAAAAGUCCACGCGAAGUUUCAAUGAAGAAGGGCGAUAUUUUAACUUUGUUGAAUUCAAAUAAUAAGGAUUGGUGGAAAAUUGAAAUCAACGAUCGUCAAGGAUUCGUUCCAGCAGCUUACAUCAAAAAGGUCGAUGCUGGUUUGAGCGCAAGUCAACAAAACCUUGUUGAUACUCACUCAAUUGCCAAACGUCAAGCUCAAAUCAACAGUCAAUAUGACAAUUUGAUUGCAAUGGCGCGCGAACGUCAAAAUAAGUUGAACGAAACUGUUAAAGCAUAUGUUUUGGUUCGUGAAGCAGCAGAGUUGUCAUCAUGGAUUAGAAAUAAGGAAAGCCAUGCCCAAAUUAAGGAUGUUGGUGAAGACCUUGAAGAAGUCGAAGUUUUGCAAAAGAAGUUUGAUGAUUUUAAUGAUGACUUGAAAGCAAAUGAAGUUCGUUUAGCUAAAUUAAACGAAAUUGCUGUUCAAUUGACUUCAUUGGGUCAAACUGAGGCUGCAUUGAAAAUCAAAACUCAAAUGCAUACAUUAAAUGAAGAAUGGCAACAACUUCAAAAUAUUACAACUGAAAGAGCUAGCCAACUCGGCUCAGCACAUGAAGUACAAAGAUUCCAUCGUGAUGUUGAUGAAACAAAAGAUUGGAUUUCAGAAAAGGACAAUGCAUUGAAUAAUGAUGAUUUGGGUAAAGAUUUGAGGUCAGUUCAAACUCUUCAACGAAAACAUGAAGGUUUAGAGAGAGAUUUGGCAGCUUUACGCGACAAAAUCAGACAACUGGACGAAACUGCAAAUCGUUUAAUGCAAUCACAUCCAGAAACUGCUGAUCAAACUUAUGCUAAGCAAAAGGAAAUCAAUGAGGAAUGGACACAAAUCCAGAGCAAGGCCAAUUUGCGAAAAGAAAAGCUUUUAGAUUCGUAUGACUUGCAAAGAUUUUUAAGUGACUAUCGCGAUUUGAUGGCAUGGAUUAAUUCAAUGAUGAGUCUUGUCUCAAGCGAAGAAUUGGCGAAUGAUGUAACUGGAGCUGAAGCUCUAAUUGAACGUCAUCAGAACCAUCGCGCCGAAAUUGACUUUCGAUACGGUAUACCUCAGGAGCAUCGUACCGAAGUUGAUGCACGUGCAGGAACAUUCAGUGCAUUUGAACAAUUCGGAUCGGAGCUUUUACAAGCAAAUCAUUAUGCAUCACCAGAAAUUCAAGGAAAGAUUGAAUCAUUAGCUAAAACUCGCGAAGAUUUAGAAAAUGCUUGGACAACACGCCGUUUACAGCUUGAUCAAAAUCUUGAUUUACAACUUUACUUACGAGAUUGUGAACAAGCUGAAAAUUGGAUGUCUGCUCGUGAAGCUUUUUUGAAUGCUGAAGAAGUGGAUUCAAAAGGCGAUAAUGUUGAAGUCUUGAUUAAGAAACACGAAGACUUUGACAAGGCAAUUCAUGGACAUGAAGAAAAAAUUGCAGCAUUACAAGUUUUGGCUGACCAGUUGAUUGCACAACAGCAUUAUGCAGCCAAAUUAAUCGAUGAUAAGCGUAAUGAAGUUUUAGAACGCUGGCGUCACUUGAAAGAAGAUCUAAUUGAAAAACGCUCUAGAUUGGGCGAUGAACAAACAUUGCAACAAUUCAGUCGUGAUGCUGAUGAAAUUGAAAAUUGGAUUGCAGAAAAAUUACAAUUGGCAACUGAUGAAAGCUAUAAAGACCCAGCAAAUAUUCAAUCAAAACAUCAGAAGCAUCAAGCUUUCGAAGCCGAAUUAGCAGCAAAUGCUGAUAGAAUUCAAAGUGUAUUGGCUAUGGGUGGAAACUUGAUUGAAAAAAAUCAAUGCAGUGGUUCAGAAGAUGCUGUUCAAAAACGAUUGACUCAAAUUGCUGACCAAUGGGAAUAUCUUACUCAAAAGACAACAGAAAAAUCUUUAAAAUUAAAAGAAGCCAAUAAGCAACGUACAUACAUUGCUGCAGUUAAAGAUCUUGAUUUCUGGUUAGGAGAAGUUGAAAGUUUGUUAACAUCCGAAGAUGCUGGAAAGGAUUUGGCAUCUGUCCAAAAUCUAAUGAAAAAACACCAACUUGUCGAAGCUGAUAUUCAUGCUCACGAAGAUCGCAUUAAGGAUAUGAACACACAAGCUGAUUCUCUUGUUGAAAGUGGACAAUUUGAUAGUGCUGGAAUCCAAGAAAAGCGUCAAUCAAUAAAUGAACGCUACGAACGCAUUAGAAAUUUGGCUGCACACCGUCAAGCACGCUUGAAUGAAGCAAAUACAUUACACCAAUUCUUCCGAGACAUCGCUGAUGAAGAAAGCUGGACAAAGGAAAAGAAAUUGUUGGUUGGUUCUGAUGACUACGGACGUGAUUUGACUGGAGUUCAAAAUCUUAAGAAGAAGCAUAAACGAUUGGAAGCCGAAUUAGCUUCACAUGAGCCAGCAAUUCAAUCUGUUCAAGAAGCAGGUGAGAAGUUGAUGGAUGUUUCUAACUUGGGUGUUCCAGAGAUUGAACAAAGAUUAAAAGCUUUAAAUCAAGCUUGGGCUGAACUUAAGAAUAUGGCAGCAACGCGUGGUCAAAAAUUAGAUGAAUCAUUGAUCUAUCAACAGUUUUUGGCAAAGGUUGAAGAAGAAGAAGCAUGGAUAACUGAAAAGCAACAACUCUUGUCUGUUGAAGAUUAUGGAGAUUCAAUGGCCGCAGUUCAAGGGUUAUUAAAAAAACAUGAUGCUUUCGAAACUGAUUUUGCUGCCCAUAACGAUCGUUGCAAUGAUAUUUGCGAUCAAGGAGCAACCUUGGUUACAAAUAAAAACCAUCAUAGCGACGCUAUUCAACAACGAUGUGCUCAAUUGAAGAAGAAACUGGACAAUCUUUCAGCUUUGGCUGCACGCCGUAAGAAUGCAUUGCUUGAUAAUUCUGCUUAUUUGCAAUUCAUGUGGAAGAGUGACGUUGUUGAAAGCUGGAUAGCUGACAAGGAAAACCAUGUCAAAUCUGAAGAAUAUGGACGUGAUCUUUCAACUGUUCAAACAUUAUUGACCAAACAAGAGACUUUCGAUGCUGGUCUCUCUGCUUUUGAGCAAGAAGGAAUUCAUAAUAUUACAACACUAAAAGAUCAGUUGAUUAGUGCUAAUCACGCACAAUCACCUUCAAUCAUCAAGCGUCAUGAAGAUGUUUUAACUCGCUGGCAAAAGCUUCGCGCUGCAUCUGAAGAACGUAAAUUCCAUUUGCUUAGAAUGCAAGAUCAAUUCCGUCAAAUUGAAGAUUUGUAUUUGACUUUUGCCAAGAAGGCAUCAGCUUUUAAUUCAUGGUUUGAAAACGCAGAAGAAGAUUUAACAGAUCCAGUUCGUUGCAAUUCUAUUGAAGAAAUCAAAGCUUUACGUGAAGCACAUGCACAGUUCCAGGCCAGCUUGUCAUCAGCUCAAGCUGACUUCCAAGCUUUGGCUGCACUUGAUCAAAAGAUUAAGAGCUUUAAUGUUGGACCAAAUCCAUAUACUUGGUUCACAAUGGAAGCACUUGAAGAUACAUGGAAGAACUUGCAAAAGAUCAUUGAUGAACGUGAUGGUGAACUGACAAAAGAGGCCAUUCGUCAAGAAGAAAAUGACAAACUUCGCAAAGAAUUUGCCAAACAUGCUAAUUUGUUCCAUCAAUGGCUUACAGAAACAAGAUACAAUAUUCUUGGAUGGGAUAGAAAUGGAACAUCUCUCAUGGACGGCUCCGGUUCUUUGGAGGAACAAUUCGAAGCAUUAUGCCACAAAGCGAACGAAAUUCGAGCUAGACGCGGUGAUUUAAAGAAGAUAGAAGAGCUUGGUGCCAUUUUGGAAGAGCACUUAAUUUUGGAUAAUCGUUAUACAGAACAUUCAACUGUGGGAUUAGCCCAGCAGUGGGAUCAAUUGGAUCAACUUGCUAUGAGAAUGCAACACAAUUUGAAACAACAAAUUCAAGCACGUAAUCAAUCAGGUGUUUCAGAAGAUUCGCUUAAAGAAUUCUCAAUGAUGUUUAAGCAUUUCGACAAGGACAAGAGUGGAAAAUUAAACCACCAAGAAUUCAAAUCCUGUUUACGUGCCCUUGGUUAUGACCUUCCUAUGGUUGAAGAAGGACAGCCUGAUCCCGAAUUUGAUGAAAUUCUCGGUGUUGUAGAUCCUAACCGAGAUGGAUAUGUGUCACUGCAAGAAUACAUAGCAUUUAUGAUUUCUAAAGAAACCGAGAAUGUUCAAAGUUACGAGGAAAUCGAGAAUGCUUUCCGCGCUAUUACUGCAUCUUCUGAGCGACCUUAUGUCACUAAGGAUGAACUAUAUUCCAACCUCACAAAAGAAAUGGCAGAUUAUUGCGCGCAGCGUAUGAAACCUUACACCGAUCCAAAAUCUGGUCAUGUCAUCUCCGGCGCUUUAGAUUACGUAGAUUUCACCAGAAAGCUUUUUGAUUAAAUUUAAGAUAUAUAAUCGAUUCAUGCUUGAAAAAUUUAACUAAAAUUAUUGUGUAUUCAUAACUACUAUUAUGAAGCACUAUACAAUUUAAAACUUAAAAGUUUAUUUUACAAUACAUUAAUAAAUAUCCUCUGCUUACUGCUUUAUGCUAAAUUAAAAUUUUAUGCACUAAGCCUAAAGCAAAAUUAUCUGCAAUUUCUGAUUGGAAAUUUUUUUUCUUCUAAGAAAUGGAUUGGUAGAUCAUAAAUUUGCUGGAAUAAAUUUUGCUUUGUGGAAAUUCAUUUAAUAAAAGGAUAGUAACACAUAAAAAAA